UUAGGGCAGAUAUGGGUGUUCACGAUUUGUGGUCCAUCGUCGAGCCGGUUCGUGAGUCGGUGCCGCUGUACAGUUUGAGCGGAAUGACGCUGGCAGUUGACCUGAGUUUAUGGGUGUGCGAGGCCCAGCACGUCCAAGCAAUGAUGGGGAGGGUUACUAAGCCCCACUUGAGGAAUUUAUUUUUCAGAGCGUCCUCCCUUACCCUCAUGGGAGUAAAGCUCGUCUUUGUGAUGGAAGGAGAAGCCCCUAAACUUAAAGCGGAAACCAUGAGCAAGAGGACAGAAACCAGAUAUGGAGGAUUCAAAAAGGCUUCUGCACCGAAGGCCACAAAAACCACCAGCAGAGGGCGCUUUAACGCUGUACUUCGAGAGUGUGCAGACAUGUUGGACUAUCUCGGGUUGCCCUGGGUCACAGCUGCUGGGGAGGCUGAGGCCAUGUGUGCAUACCUGGACUCACAAGGCCUGGUGGACGGCUGCAUCACCAACGAUGGAGAUGCCUUCUUGUACGGAGCCCAGACCGUCUACAGGAACUUCAAUAUGAACAGUAAAGACCCACAGGUGGACUGUUACAGGACGUCAAGAGUCCAAACAGAGUUACAUCUCUCCAGAGAGAAUCUAGUUGGUCUGGCCAUCCUUCUUGGCUGUGAUUAUAUUCCUAAAGGCGUUCUAGGUGUUGGGAAAGAACAAGCCCUGAGGCUCAUCCAGAGGCUCAACGGACAAACACUUCUGCAGAGGUUUACGCGGUGGAAGGAGGAGAAUGCAGGUGUGUUGGAGGGAGUCAAGAAGGUUCCUCACUGCAACAUAUGUCGACAUCCUGGCUCAACAAAGGCACACGAACGCGGAGGCUGUGAGCUCUGUGACAGUAAACGCUUCUGUCAGCCUCAGGACUUUGACUAUCAGUGUCCCUGUGACUGGCACCGCUAUGAAGAGGCCCGGCAGCACUUGUCUUUUGAGGCAAAUAUCAGAAAGAAAACACUGGCAAAUCCACAAUUCCCUUUCACAGAGAUCAUUUGUGAGUUUUUGAUUGCAAAGGAUAAGCCUGUGUCACAUUUUAAGAGGAGACAGCCAAACAUGCUGUCGAUGCAGAAAUUUGCCUAUGACAAGAUGGAGUGGCCGAAGCACUACACCAGCGAAAAGGUUUUAGUCCUGAUGACCUACGCAGAGUUGAUGAACAGAAAAUAUGGAAGAGAAAUAUCCUCUCAAAUGAAGCCCCUCAGAAUAUUCAAACCCAGGGUGAGGAGUGGGGUCGCUUGCUUCGAGAUCGUCUGGAGUGCACCAGAACACUACGUGUUUCCUGAGGAUCAACCUGCGGAGGAUCAGCACGAAGUGAGGACGGUGGAGGAAGAGUCUCUCUUCCGUGUGGCCCACCCAGAGGUGGUGGAGAGCUACCUGAGAGUCAAAGCUCUGGCCGAAGAGAACAAGACCAAGAAGAAAAAGCCAAAGAGUAAAAAGGAGAAGCCAUCUGAUGUCUCCGAUGGUAUUUCAGACCUCUUGGCCCAGAUGACCCUUCAGAGUUCCUCCAACACAAACACGCGGACGGCGAUGCGUGCCACCCCAAACACAGAUGAACCAGAAGUGGUGCUCUUGGACACUCCGGUGAACCGUAAACAGCGUCUCAAGUCGAUCGAGGACCUCAGGGGCCCGGGCGAUGGGCCCAGAACCUCUCGGCCUCACGCGGAAGCAGACACCGCUGCGUCGCCGUCGGUCUCCGCUGUUAUCGACGCUCUGCACCUCAGUGAUAUUGACUGGGACGCUCUGUCCUUCACGUCCUCUCCGGCUCAGCCGUCGACCACAAACACUACGCCCCGAGUGAGUGAAGCCACGGACGGGGGUGUCGGGAAGACCGAGGACCAAAACACAAAGCAGAAAAGCUCAGGUGGUGUCCAAGAAGCCGUCUCCGGACCUGCUUCGGGCCUGAGCUACAGGGACUGCCCUCUGAGGGAAAGGCUGCUCGUGAGGAACGCCGCCGCGAACCAGAUGGACUCGCACAAGGACGUGAACUUUGAGCUGGGUCCCCUCAAACACAUCUCUUCCAAAAACUCAAAACCAAAAUUCCAGAUCCCCAGUAAAGGAAAGGAGUCUGCGGUUGCAAAGCAGGAGACGCUCUCGGACAGAAGGCAGCGUGCAACAAGUGAAGCAGAGGCAAACACCCACGGCUCGGAGCAGCAGUCGGGGCCUGCGGCUCAACUGAAGACGAAGGACGAUGCCGAUGGCUCCAGAAAGCCUCCUGAGAAAUACAAAUUUGUCCGAAAAGCCAUUUCAUCAUCUGCCCCGCAGAGGAGCCACUCCGACCCGGUUCAAAGUGGCAAGACCGCCGCCAAGAAGAGCGUGUGCGUGAGCGUGUGUUCAUCAAGCGAGGAAAGCGACGCAGAGAACCUGCAGUCCGGGCCGCAAAGAAAACCCCGAACCAGGCCCCAAAGCAAGGCCAGGGGCGGCUUCCCCUUGGACUUCCCCCUCAGACCCCAGGGCCACGGUGCAGAUAGGGAGAAGAAGGGCAUACUUGUAUCCACUCAGAGCAGACGCCAGGAUGCCCCGCCAGCCGACGGGGACGUGUUCCUCCGGAGGGCAGCAUCCCCCGUCGCCGCGCUGGACAGCGACGACUCGGUUAUUUGCGGCGAGAGUCCGCUGCCGCUGGCAGAGAGACUGAGGCUGAAGUUCCUGAAGUGAGCGGGACGAUUACAGGAGGAUGGACCGGAACGUUGUAGAUGUCGUCUGUCGUCUUGUCGUCUUUUUUUUAUGGUUCCAGCUUCUCAAAUAUGAGAAUUUCUCUUUGCCGUAAUGGUAUAGCAGCUUGUACAUUCUAGUCAUUUUUUUGACAUCAAAUGAAAUUGUGAAGAAUCAUCAAGAAAUAAUGAAGAAAAACACAAUCUGCUACUGUAAUCUGUUUCUGUAAAAAAUACCAGUUCUAAAAAUCUGACCCUCGGGCAAAGUUCUUUUGAAUUUAUGUGAUUAAAGUUGUGCCAUUCCGAUUUUUACAAUGUUCAUAUCAGGGAUUGUGUUGCCAGUGACUAAAAAGUGCAGUUGUCAAACUAAAUAUGUCUGUUUUGUAUCACCAGAGUUGGCCUUGCUGUACUAAUUAUCUGAUCGUUAAAAAAAAG